AUGAAUACCGAAGUUCCAGCGCCCAGAGACAGCCAAGAUGUUCAGGGUGGAAGAUCUGUUCAACAAGCUGUAGAACUGGUGGGUAAGAUGCUCGAGCAGAUUCAAAUUGAGCUUGAGAAAAUGCUAUCUCAACGUGGUGAAGUUCCACCCGAAGCAGAUGCUCUCGAAAACGAAAAGGAUGAGUCCCAAAAACGAUACAAAGACCUUGAGAGCAAUUACCAGAAGAUAUCAGAAGAACUCAAAGUUUUCGGCCGCCAAGUGAUUACACCCGUGAAAAGCGGCCAAUUCGAAGCAGAAUUGAAACUUGCUCAAGCCAAAACAGACAUCGAAAAAUUGACAGCCGAGAUUGAGAACCUUCAAGCUCAGUGUAAUGACUAUCAAGCACAAGCUCAUCAAUAUCCUCAGAAUGUGCAAAAACUAGAGACCCAACUUGAGGAACUCAAGAAUCAGAAUAUAGAACUGCAAAGAAAAGAGUCGAAAGGGCGGAAAAGGAUCCUGACAUGUGGCGUCGUCUUUGACCUGGAAUUGGUAGAAGAGCUGAAGAUGGAGCUUAAUAGCCAGGAGAAAUCAAGAGACAAAUUCUUGAGAUGUGCUAUCGAUAACAAAUCAGGUUCGCUGGAACGAAUACUACAUCUCGGAAGGGCUAUCUUCCAAUUUAUCAACGACGAGAUAUUGUUUCAGCCAGUAUUUGGUCUUGAUGAUGAAGACGAGGGAGAAAAGAUGGAAGCUGGACUUACAACAUUUGAAAAGAAGAUCCGGGAUGCUUCUGCAGGUGAUGUUUACGAAAGUCUUGACUUCCAUAAUUGGAGGAAAUUAACCUACAGGUGUGGAAAGUGCUUUCGAAAGAGAGAUUCAGAGAGGAGGAUAGCUGCUAUUGCGUCAGCUUUUGAAGACUUCUUAAAGCCUGUGUUGAAAAAACAAGAUACUGAAUCAAGCAAUAUAAUAAUGUUACGGAUUUGCAGAGAGGCCUUCACGCUGAGUCAGACUCUGAGAGCAGAGCCAAUCGACGAUUAUAAGAUAUAUGUUCCAGAACCUGGAGAUGCAAUAGUAUCCCACAAAAAUGAGAAAGAGAACACAAUGGUGAUACACGCUAGUGAAGCAGGAUAUCCUGCAGAUGAGGUUGGUACUGUUGCGUACACUUGUUUUGGCGGAUUGCUUUUCAAGGAUAUGCACAAGCAGGAGUGGUCUCCACUUGUACCAGCGAGGGUAGUUGCGAAAGUGGAAGAGAAAGAUUGGUGA